AUAUAGGACAAGACGUCCCCCAGGGCCCCCAAAGGUAAAUCAGAAUUAGCUGGAAAAAUAAGCCCCAAUGCAUUUGAUUAGGUUUGCCUUCUUGCUGAGCUUCUUGGCUUUAUGCCAAAAGUGUCAAGUUCGAGCCCUAAUCAGUACGGAACUGGAACAUUAUCUGCGUUGUCUGGAAGUGGUGACAGAUGCCGGUGCCCUGAUGAUCGAAAAUUCCGUAACUGCCAUACAACUUCUUUCCGAAUGCGUUGAUUUCCAGCCCAAGCUCAAACUAAGCGGCAGUGUCCUCAGGUUUAUUAGGGUGGCCCAUCAAUUCGCCAAGAAGGCCAUAUACGACAGGCCGGAAUGUCUAGUUCAGACUUUUACCACAGCUGUCGCCCUAAUCAGACCGAUUAUAUCGAAGUUUGACAGCUUGCAGUGCUUUGAUUCGUAAGAUGAACCACGUAAUUUGAAUUUUUAAUAAAACUUGCAAAGUUUAGCUAACGGGGAAGGCAACCUUAAUUCGUUUGCCUCCAUAUUUAA